UGAUUAGCCGCUCUGAUGAGGUGUCUGUGUGUGCAGGAAACGCUGGCUCUAAUAGAGCAGUACAGAUCAGGCGCGGCGCCCCCUGCUGACGUGGAGUUUGAGGAUUACAGUCAGGGAGUCAAAGCUGCUGCAUCUGACAACACAACCACACACCUGCCGAAAGUCCGCAUCAAACAGCUGUUCCACAAGAAAAACAAGGUGACGUUUCCUGAUAAAAACACGCCGUCCUCGCUGGAGGAUCUCUCUCGUCUCCCUCCGGAUCAGAGGAGGAGACGCCUGCAGGAGAAGAUCGAUGACAUCCAGAAGGAGCUGCAGAGAGAGAUGGAGCAGAGCGAGGCUCUGAUGAAGAUGAAGGGUGUUUAUGAGCAGAACUCUCAGCUUGGAGAUCCGUCCAGCCUUCAGCCUCAGAUCACACAAACCGCUCAUGACAUCGCCAGACUGAGAGGAGAGCUCAACAAAUACCAGGUCCAGCUCGCUGAAGCCGGCGGUGGGACGCUGCAGCACUAUCCCGCCAGUUCAGAGUACAUCACCGUGUAA